AUGCCCUCCUACAAAAAGCCCACCAUAUGCAACUACAGUACCCUCCCACAAAAGUACAAGUUCUCCUAUAUCCCUGGCCAGUCUACAAUGCCCUCCUACAAAAGCCCACCAUAUGCAACUACAGUACCCUCCCAACAAAGUACAAGUUCACCUAUAUCCCUGGCCAGUCUACAAUACCCUCUUACAAAAAGUCCACCAUAUGCAACUACAGUACCCUCCCAACAAAGUACAAGUUCACCUAUAUCCCUGGCCAGUCUAAAAUACCCUCUUACAAAAAGCCCACCAUAUGCAACUACAAUACCCUCCCAACAAAGUACAAGUUCACCUAUAUCCCUGGCCAGUCUACAAUACCCUCUUACAAAAAGCCAACCAUAUGCAACUACAAUACCCUCCCAACAAAGUACAAGUUCACCUAUAUCCCUGGCCAGUCUACAAUACCCUCUUACAAAAAGCCCACCAUAUGCAACUACAAUACCCUCCCAACAAAGUACAAGUUCACCUAUAUCCCUGGCCAGUCUACAAUACCCUCUUACAAAAAGCCCACCAUAUGCAACUACAAUACCCUCCCAACAAAGUACAAGUUCACCUAUAUCCCUGGCCAGUCUACAAUACCCUCUUACAAAAAGCCCACCAUAUGCAACUACAGUACCCUCCCAACAAAGUACAAGUUCACCUAUAUCCCUGGCCAGUCUACAAUACCCUCUUACAGAAAGUCCACCAUAUGCAACUACAGUACCCUCCCAAAAAAGUACAAGUUCCCCUAUAUCCCUGGCCAGUCUACAAUACCCUCUUACAAAAAGCCCACCAUAUGCAACUACAGUACCCUCCCAAAAAAGUACAAGUUCCCCUAUAUCCCUGGCCAGUCUACAAUACCCUCUUACAAAAAGCCCACCAUAUGCAACUACAGUACCCUCCCAACAAAGUACAAGUUCGCCUAUAUCCCUGGCCAGUCUACAAUACCCUCUUACAAAAAGCCCACCAUAUGCAACUCCAGUACCCUCCCAACAAAGUACAAGCUCGCCUAUAUCCCUGGCCAGUCUACAAUACCCUCUUACAAAAAGCCCACCAUAUGCAACUACAAUACCCUCCCAACAAAGUACAAGUUCUCAUAUAUCCCUUGCUAGUCUACAAUACCCUCUUACAAAAAGCCCACCAUAUGCAACUACAGUACCCUCCCAACAAAGUACAAGUUCGCCUAUAUCCCUGGCCAGUCUACAAUACCCUCCUACAAAAAGCCCACCAUAUGCAACUACAAUACCCUCCCAACAAAGUACAAGUUCACCUAUAUCCCUGGCCAGUCUACAAUACCCUCUUACAAAAAGCCCACCAUAUGCAACUACAGUACCCUCCCAACAAAGUACAAGUUAA